AUGGAGGUCUCUCCUAGCUUGGGAAUAUUAGUUUCUUCUUUAACCCUUCUUGCACUGGUUUUCUUCUUGCUUCAUCUCUAUAACACUAUCUUGCUAAAGUCAGAGAGGAUCAAGAGGAAGCUUAGAAUGCAAGGCAUAGAAGGGCCAACACCAUCUUUCCUAUAUGGGAAUCUCCCCGAGAUGCAGAAAAUCCAAUUAAACACAAUCAAAGCUUCCAGUAAUAAUCAAGCUGCAGAUUUCGUAGCCCAUGACUAUACUUCCACAGUCUUCCCAUAUUUUGAACGGUGGAGAAAAGAAUACGGGACAGUAUACACGUAUUCAACAGGAUUGAGGCAACACUUGUAUGUGAAUCAGCCGGAGCUAGUGAAGGAAAUGAACCAGAUGAUUACUUUGGAUUUAGGCAAACCUUCCUACUUAACCAAGAGAGUGGCACCUUUGCUAGGAAAUGGCAUUGUGAGGUCAAACGGCCUUGUUUGGGCUCAACAAAGGAAAAUUGUUGCACCUGAGUUCUACAUGGACAAGGUCAAGGGAAUGGUGGGGCUAAUGGUGGAGUCAGCACAGCCAUUGCUGAAGAAAUGGGAGGAGUGCAUUGCAGCCCAAGGUGGCAUCACAGCAGAUGUUGAAGUAGAUGAGGAUUUGAGAGAACUCUCAGCAGAUGUCAUCUCGAGGGCUUGUUUUGGUAGCUCUUAUUUUAAGGGCAAACUGAUUUUUUCUAAGCUCAGGAGCAUUCAACAAACAUUUGCCAAUCAGAGCAUCCUUUUUGGGGUUACUAAUUUUGGAUUCUUGCCACUAAAGAAGCAAAACAAGAUCAGCAAUUUGGAGAGAGAGGUUGAGUCACUGAUUUGGGAAGCAGUGAAAGAACGUAGACAGGAAUGUCAAGAGACAUGUUCAUCAGAAAAGGAUUUAAUGCAGUUAUUACUUGAAGGUGCCAUCAAUGAUCAAAGUCUUGGCAAGGAUGCAUCCAAGAGCUUCAUAGUUGAUAAUUGCAAGACUAUAUACUUUGCUGGUCAUGAAUCAACGGCUGUUGCUGCCUCCUGGUGUUUGAUGCUUCUUGCUUUACAUCCAGAGUGGCAAGUUGGUAUCAGGAAAGAACUAGCUGAAGUAUGCAAGGAUGGCUCGAUAUCUGCUGAUUCACUCCUCCUUUUGAAAACGGUGACAAUGGUGAUUCAAGAAGCCCUUCGUCUGUACCCACCAGCAGCAUUUAUAUCAAGAGAGGCGCUUGAAGAAACCCAACUUGGAAACAUUAUUGUUCCAAAAGGUGUAUGUUUGUGGACGUUGAUACCAACAUUGCAUAGGGAUCCUGAAAUUUGGGGAUCGGAUGCUAAUGAGUUUAAACCUGAGAGGUUCACUUGGGGUGUCUCCAAAGCUUGCACCUUCCCUCAAGCUUACAUUCCAUUUGGGGUUGGCCCUCGCUUGUGUUUGGGCAAGAACUUUGCAAUGGUUGAAUUGAAGGUUGUCCUUUCCCUUAUUGUUUCCAAGUUUAGUUUCUCCUUGUCUCCAAAGUAUCACCAUUCUCCUGCUUAUAAAAUGAUCGUAGUCCCCGGGGAUGGUGUACAGAUUCUCAUUCAAAAGAUUUGA